AUGGCUGCUCCUCGCUCAACGUCCCUGCGUGCCUUGCGUGCUCUUUCGCAGCACCACACCCCUGCUACGACGCUUUACUGCCGUCGCCGCCUGCACAUUACUGGUGCCUAUUCCGCCCAGCCUGUUGAUGGCUCCGACAAGUCUGCCGCAUAUGGCUCUCGUACCCUGGCGGACCUCAAGAAUGAGUGCCAGAGACGAGGACUGAGAACCAACGGUUCGAAGUCCGAGCUCGUUGACCGUCUCUCGAACAAUGACGUGCUCUACACCCGGGCCUUCAACAUUGCCAAGACCCGAAUCAAUGGCAGUGUCUUUGGCGGACCCGCCGAGACCCGCUCCUUCAAUACCUCACGCGCCAGCAAAGCUGUCAAUGACUCAUCCACCCUCGACUUCGUGUACAUGCCGUCCAUUGCCUCCCUUGAGGCAGAGCCAAGCGUAUCCCAAGCCGUCCCCAUUCUCGGCGACAGCAGCAGCGCAUAUGGCUCCGAAUCUUCCAAUCAGCCCUUUGGCUGGGCACCCAUGAAACCGCAAAUCCAUGCCAUUGGCGAAACCGGCCCUGAUCUAGCUGCCAGUCCCAUGAGCGAAGUCGUGGACAAUCAUGCGCUAGACAUCGAUCCGUUCAAACUCACCGAAACCGUGGGCCGUUCGCGCGCAGGCGAGAACGAAAUGAGAGAGAAAAAGAGGCUUUUGGCUGGCCAGGGUGAUGAAAAAGGCGUCAUUGGCGAAUUGUUUAGUGGUAUGGUUGACGACAUUUUAGGUGGCUCUAAACCUGCUACUAGGACUACCAAAUAA